GGGGAGUUGUUCUUUAGUGUCUGCAAGAAGCGCCUUGGUGUCCAGAGGUCCGACUCUGGGGGGGGCCCUCCUGAAACUCUAAAAAGGAGGAGGAGAGAAGGAGGUCCGCUCUCCUCCCCUCUCCGCGGAAAGCCUGGAAGAAUUGCGCUCCGUCGGUGCGCCCUGCCUGCCUGCUUGCCUGCCUGCCAGUCGGAGGAUGGGGAUUUUUUUCCAUUCAUCCACGUCCCCCUUUCCCCUCCUCCUCCUCCGCCUCCUCCUCUCAAACAAGCCAGUCGCUCUGUCAGUGCGCUGCGAGCAUUAGGGCGAGUCAAACCGGUGGGAUUUCUGAGGCGCACAGACGGACGAGAUAACGCGCGGAGUGUGCCGUUUUUGGGUUUCUGCUCUCCAAGCGAUGCGCUCCGUCGGGAAGACGUCCGUUUUCAGGCGGGACUGAUGCCCACCGAGCCGCAGCUUUAUUUUUCUUCAUCACUUCACAAGUUUCUCGCCGGCCUGCGCGCGCGCGCGCGUGUGUGUGGCAUCGUUACGAACGGACUCGCUCUUCUAGGUCUCGUGGCUUGUUCGUCUCGGUUUUUAAGCCUCUGAGUUCGCCGUCGGAUUAAUUUUCGGGUUGGAUCUUGAUUUUUUAAAAAGCGAAAACAGAGUGUGGAUUUACAGCCUGUGCGUUUUCUGAUACACGCACACCAAAAAAAAAAGAAAGGAUUGUCCUGGACUCCCAGAGCAUCAACACGUCUUUUUUUAUGAGGAUGGAGCUGUGGAUACAAGUGGCAUCAUUCUUAUUUUAAACAUUUUCUCGGCUGUUUUUUUCCUUUCCUUUUAUUUCUUAUUUGGCACCGAUCUCCUACAUAAACGGACAAUAUUUUAACUGAGCUGAGACAGAUAUGCUGGGAGGUGAGAGAACAAGGUAAUGGGAGAGAAAUCAGACAGAGAGAGCCAAAGAGAACAAGGGAACGUUGUUCGACGGGGAUAACAGACAAUCAGGGCGCACAGGAGGAAAAAAAAAGGCUUGAGAAUCUGCUCUCUGGAGGCGAUAACCUGUUAAAAUAUCACAUUCGGCGGAGAUCUGUCUGAGCCCCGAUGUUUUUGUCUUUGGAGCAACUGAUUCUGUUGAGAAAUUAACGGGGAAGUCGUGUGGGAAUGGCUCUGAAAUAGCGCGCAGAAGAACCUGCCGAUUUGGAGACCAGGACGCACGGAUUGAGCAAGUUUCCCCCUGCACAUUUCAAGCUGAUUUUUUUUUUCCAACACCGCGGAUUCCAUGUGGUUGUGUGUGGCUGGCCUGAAAACCCCACUUUAACUGUUUUCCACCUUUUAAAUCCCGAUCGGCUCAUUGUUUUAAAGCGUCUGAUUGCAAAAAAAAAAAAGAAAAGAAAAGCAGCUCCGCGACGCCCGUACGGCGACUAUUUGCUGCUUUCUGUCAGAUGGGGCCGCGCAUGCUGGUUGUCAGGGUUGAGAUGGCGUGUCGAAGGAGCGGGAAUGGAUUGUGGAUCCUGCUGGUAUUCCUACUGGAUUUACUGGGGACGACGGCCAGCAACAUGGAGCCCAUCUACUGGAAUUCCCUGAACGAAAGGUUCAGGGACGACAAGGGCUACGUCCUCUACCCUCAGAUCGGGGACCGGCUGGACCUCAUCUGCCCCCCGCUGGACACGGCCAGGUCCACGCCGGAGUACGAGUUCUACAAGCUCUACCUGGUGUCGUCGCGGGACCAGGCCGACCGCUGCGAGGUGAUGGGCACGCCCAACAUCGUGCUGACGUGCGACGAGCCCACGCGGGAGCGCCGCUUCACCAUCAAGUUCCAGGAGUUCUCGCCCAACCUGUGGGGCCACGAGUUCAAGACCUUGCACGACUACUACAUCAUCGCCACGUCGGAUGGGACGCGCCAAGGCCUGGACAGCAUGAGAGGGGGCGUGUGCGCCACCAAAGGCAUGAAGGUGGUCCUGAAAGUGGGACAGAGCCAGUAUGGACUGCCCCCCAAGAAGGACCAGCCAGCGGGACGCACCACCAGCCGAAUCCCAGGCGGAAACUCCACCCAGUCCCGAGGGCCCUUUGGAGAGGGCCACGAAGACGAGAACGGACCCCUGCAGCCGUCCAACAUCGCCCUCAUCACCGGCGCCGCCGGAGGCUCCGCCUUCCUCAUACUGGUCACUGCCGUCAUCUGCAUCGUGUGCUACCGCCGGAGGCACGCCAAGCACUCCGACACCCACCACCCUCCGCUGUCGCUCUCGUCCCUCACCAGCCCCAAGCGCGGCGGCGGCGGCGGCAUAUCCAGCUCCAACAACAACGGCUCGGAGCCCAGCGACAUCAUCAUUCCCCUCCGGACGUCGGACUCGGCUUACUGCCCGCACUACGAGAAGGUGAGCGGGGACUACGGGCACCCCGUCUACAUCGUUCAGGAGAUGCCGCCUCAGAGCCCGGCCAACAUUUACUACAAAGUAUGAGAAGGCCUUCUGGACACUCCCGCCUCUUCCCUUCAACCACGACCAGCCAAUCACGGCCAACAUCUCCCAAACGAAGCCACUACAAAAAUUUGCCAUCCUAGCUCCACACUGGAUUGCCUCAGUAGUACCAGUAUUGUCCUUCGGAAAAACCCCUCACCCCACUCGUCCCGGCCACCGUUGUGUUUCUAGCUGAAUAAACCCUCCUCCCACCUUGACCCCAUUCCACACAACUGGGCCAUUAAGUGUGUGUAAGGGGUGAUGUUGUACCCGUGCAUAACCCUUCCCAACAAGGCCCUUAUGAUUGGGCAAGAGGCUCUGAAUUCCCCCAUCUUGUUAUCUCAGAGCUAAAUGAGACCCCCACCAACCCCCCACCCCACCCUUUAACGUGUCACACACUCUUUUUCUAAGAGUGUAAACCUGGUGUUGGGAUGUUUUAGAAAAAAAAAAAAGACUGAAAGGACUUUAAAAACAAAAAAAGGACUACGCUUCUGGACCCACUUGGCACCGACGAACUCUGAUUCCCAGAGCGCCACGCCCGCCUUGCCCACCACCCCCCGCCCCCCUUUUAGAUCUCUAUCAUCCAAUCGGCGACGAGCCCCUUGCCGCUAACUCGACAAUAGCCUCCUAGUUUGUUCGUGUUUGUUUCAAUCGAGUAAAACAGGCUUGGGGGGCCUCGAACUCACAACCCGAGCCCAGACCGGACCCCCACCCACCCCUCCCCCCCUUUGGUGAGGUCUGGCCAAUCGGUGACUCUCAGAAUCGUGUAUAUUUUAAUAAAACGUGUUUGUGUGACUGUGCACAAGCGUGCAAAACAGUUGGAUAAUAAUUAUGGCGCUGCUGCUGCUGCUCCACAUUAGAGUGCAGUUAGUGUGCUUCAGCAAGUUUGCAUACACGUGAGUGUGUGUGUGCUUCUCUGUGUGUGUGUGUGUGUGUGUGUGUGUGUGAAUGCGUGAGUGUGUGUGUGUGUGUGUGUGUGUGUGUGUCUGUUCUUUAGACUUGUCUUAAAUACCAAAACACAAAAUAGUGAGCGAUUAUCAAAAAAAAAAGUGAGAUUUUCUAUGGCUAUCAACACUUAUAGAUUAUAUAUAUGAAUAUCCAGUAAAUAAUUUCUAGAUGUUUUUUUUUUUUAAUCGGUUUAUUAUUUUUACCCACUCUGUUAUAUUACACUUAUGUUUCUAAAUGUUUUCAUUUGCUUUUUUUUGUUUUUUUGUUGCUUAUUUCUUGCCCUGUUGCAUUUAUAUUUUACAGUGCCUUGCAAAAGUAUUCCUACUUCUUAAACUUUUUUUUUUUCCCACAUUUUGUCACAUUGGUACCCUGAAUCUCAACGCUUUUAUUGGGCUUUUAUGAAACACUAAGUGGCCCAUAAUUGUGAAGUGGGAGAAAAAGGAGGCUAUGGGAGAAAAUCCUGGUAUUUUUGGCUGCGUUUAUUCUCAUUUACAUUUCUAGGCUAAGAUGUGUUAAAGCAAUGUCAAAAACUAUACAAUGACUUAUUUAUUGGCUAAAUUCUAUGUUAAUUACUCAGAAACGGGAUUACAUUAUUGCAAAGUCUUUGCUUUAGUGGUCAAAAGGGUUAUGUUAUUGGCCAGUAUUACAAUAUUAUGAGUUGUUUGGCUAAUAGUUAUCCUGUUGGACUGAGGAAAUUAGAAAUAAAAACUUCCAGUUCACAAUCAUGCUCUAGCUCCUUUGUAUUGGUCUAUCAGAUAAAAUCCCAAUAAAAUGCAUUGAAGUGGGCUAUUGCAUUGUGACAAACUGUGGGGGGGAAAAAAGCGGAAGGGUUACGAAAACUUUCUGCAGAGCACUUUACAUUAACUAAAUCCCCUCUUUAAAGAAGUUGUUUCUGUUUUCAUUCCCUCCCUCCCUCCUCCCUGAGGCCGACUCUGUGUAUAUUUUUCUAGCUCAUCGUACUAUGCUGUAGUUCUGAGGUCUAGACCUCGUUUUCGUGGAAGUGUUGAGGUAGAACCAUCAAUGAAAAGUUUUUUCUGUUAUUUUUUUUUUUCCACCUUUCUUUCAUUUUAAAAGGCAGACGCAAAAGAAGCUGGGGGGUGGGGUGGGCUGGGGGUGGCAACGGAGGAUGGGGAUGAGGGAAGGUAAAGAGAGAGGACGAAAUAAUAAUAAUAAAAAAGAAGAGAAGAACAAAGGAGAGAGAAAGAGCGCUGUCUCGGGAGGAGGAAUAAAGCGGCUUCUGAAUGCAGAACUUUAAGGAGAAGGAGGGGGGGAAAAAACGAGCGGGAGGGAGAUGAGGGAAGACGAGACUGUGAAGCAAACAGUGGAGCAGCAGGAGUAAUAGAUGAAGGAUCCAGUAGAAGGACGGAAGGAUGGACGGAGAGCACAUGAAAGAGUGGCUGGCGAAGAGGAGAAGCCUCUGAGGUGCUGGACUGUCAGCCAAUAAAAAAAAGAAGAAGAAGAAGAAGAAGCAAAAAAAAAAAACGGAUUUUCGGACGAGUUGAACUCUACACGCACGCAGACAUCCAACACGCACACAUUCACUGUGACUCCGGCACGUGCUCCUCUCUUUCUCCCCGUCCCCAAAAAAAAAAAAAAAAAAAAUAUAUAGAAAUGUUUGUGUUGAACUCUCUUUGGAAGUUCAACACAACACUCUCUCAGAUCUCACAGGUUUUUUUUCGACGACUGUCGCGUCACAUCCCGCAAACACGUUCGCCCCACGCUCGACCAAUAAGAAGGAAGUGUUGCUUUCAUCUGAUCUGUGUUCCCGUGAAUCACCUGGUGGACGUGGAAGGGGUUUUGAAAAAAAAAAGAGAAGAAGAAGAAGAAGAA